UGUCCAACCUCAGCGCUCCGUACGACAGAACCUACGAAAAUGGGAGAUCGCAGAGCGCGAACGGCGGAAGGCGGCUCGCGAAUCUACCGCCUCUGCGGGCAGGUCGUCCAUAGUCACCGACAUCACCCGCCGCGCGAGCCUACUGUGGCCCAACAGCCAAGCCAAGCAGGCCUCGCUGGGCGGGGUCGGUGCACACCGCAAGCUCCGCACGACGGACUCAGAUUCUGUCCCGUUGGAGGACAUGGACGCUAGUCCUGGCCCCUCACGGGUAGUAACCCCAGAGCCCAUAGACAAUCCCUUCUCCACCCCCGGCCAGUCCACCCUCUCCCUCGCCCUCGAUCCCCAGCAUUCCGCCAUUAUGUCAGCGUCAGACUCCCAUAAUCCGUUCGAAGACGGCGAGCAGUCGCCCACAACGCCCAAGGCUGCGAAGACCCCAGCUCUCCUCCCGUCCACUUCGCUCUUGAGUGCUGGUCCGCCACCUCCACAACCUCUCGAUUUGCCGAAACCGCGGACGCCUCCACCGCGAGCGGAGACACCGCAUGCGAGUCGCCCUCCAGAGCCCGUGGCCCCGCCUGUAGUUGCUCCCACGCAGCAGGCGGAGGAGCCCCAGGAAGUUCGAUGGUGGACGGAGUGGUUAUGCGGGUGUAGCGAAGGUCCAGAACGCGGAGGCGACCGUCAGGCAAGCUUUCUAUUUUCGUCCCCUCAAGCUCUCACUGACGAUGUGUAUCUGUAGGCGGGCGCACAAAUCCAUUUGAGUAGACAGCUGUUUCGCCACCGCUCAUUGAACGUUAAGAAUGCAGUACCCAUCCUUCAUUAACUCGGACUGGACUUGACUAGUGUAGCCUCCUGCUUUCACGGACACAUC